UUUCUGCAAUCUUUCAGCUGGUGAGGCACUGUUUUGGUUGAAUCUUGUGCUCUCCACUACGCGCUUGGAAAACAUAUAGUGCGCCACUGAUUUAUUUUCACAUUUUACCACAGCAAAUAACUCUUCUGUUGUACCGAAACUAGUUUCACAAUGGCACUUCGUUUGUUCCGCAUUAGUCAGGAUGUAGUCGCACCGAUAAUCAAGCGGAAUUGUACCGUUUCCGCGUUCGAGUUGCAGCACAAGAACCCGAUUCAACGCAAAGUGGAACUUGUACCGGUUGCGCAGUAUGGUGGACGUCACACGGUAACCAUGCUCCCGGGCGGUGGCAUCGGUCCCGAGCUGAUGAACUACGUCAAAGAAGUGUUCCGUUUCUCAGGGGUCCCGGUGGAUUUCGAAAUUGUGGACAUUGAUCCAUCCAGCGAGGGAAACGAGGAUCUGGAGUAUGCCAUUACCUCGAUCAAGCGAAACGGAGUUGCCAUCAAGGGCAACAUCGAAACCAAAUCGGAAUCCACCGGUAUUAUUUCGCGUAAUGUGGCCCUUCGAAACGAGCUGGAUCUGUUCGUGAAUGUGUUGCACUGUAAAUCGUUUAAUGCCAUCCCGGCACAUCAUAGCAAUGUGGAUGUGGUCAUCAUCCGUCAGAAUACUGAGGGAGAGUAUGCGAUGCUGGAGCAUGAGAGCGCCCGGGGUGUCGUCGAGAGUAUGAAGGUGAUUACGGUGGAGAAUGCGACACGGGUGGCGAGAUUUGCGUUCGAGUUCGCUCGUAAUAACAACCGGAAGAAGGUUACCACCAUUCACAAGGCCAACAUCAUGAAGCUGUCGGAUGGUAUGUUCCUGUCGAGUGCCCGGGAAGUGGCAAAAGAGUAUCCGGAUAUUCAGCAUAAUGAUAUGAUUAUCGAUAACUGUUGUAUGCAGCUGGUGUCGAAUCCGCACCAAUUUGAUGUGAUGAACACGACGAAUCUGUACGGUAGUAUCACCUCAAAUGUUUUGUGCGGAUUGGUCGGUGGGGCUGGUUUAUUCUCCGGUAGGAAUUAUGGUGAUCAUUACGCCGUUUUUGAGCCUGGCACCCGUAACACUGGCACGGCCAUCGCCGGCAAGAACGUAGCGAAUCCAAUCGCAAUGCUGAACGCGGCCGUUGAUAUGCUGUAUCAUCUUGGCCACCGGUAUCACGCCGAUUGCAUCUCGGACGCAAUCCACAAGACAAUCGAUGCCGACGGUAUUCACACUCAAGAUUUGGGUGGCCAAAACAGUAGCACGGAAGUCGUGCAGAGUGUGCUGCAGCAUCUGGCCGAAAAGAGAACUUAUUGGCACCAAGGAGCUCAGGAAGAUAUCUAAUAGGUUAAGCUAGGAACUAACGAACUAACGCCAACUGCGUUCCGCGCAAAUUCCACUCGAUAAGUCAAUGAGAAUAAUAAGAUUACAUGAAUUUUGCUGAAUAUGCUGAACAGUGUCCAUUUAUUGUGAAACAUUGCGCAAAUUUGAAUAAUUGAAUAAACAUGUGCUCGCUUCGAGAGAUUCCUUGAGAGAGCCCUAGUUCGCAUGCUACGGUUAGUCUCUUCAUGCAUUUAAAGAUGCAGUGUUGCGAUUCCUUGCGGACAUUGCCGCUACUGGCGGCAGUGUGGUUAUGGCAUUCGUAGCUGCAGGGAAGCCUGGCCCAAACAUGACCUGCAAUCGUUCAAUCAAUCACUAUCGUUUAAGUUAAAAAGUUAAAGAAACCGAGCUCACUAUGCGAUACCUGGAGAACAGUUACUCCGCUUGGUGAUCUUGGAGCGACUGUCUGUCGAAGCAUCUGAAAACUCAAACAAAUUUCAGUUUCGCGUUUGUUGCAUCUGGCUUUGGCCAACGCAGACUUACCGUUUUGGUGGUUGAUGUGGCUUUUCUCUGAAAUGUAGAAUAAAUUAGUGGGUGCAAUUAAAUAUGCUAAAUUGAAAGAAAGUGAUAGCUACGAAGGCGGGUGUCGAGGAAGUGAUUGAACGAUGAGUGGUUCUUGUUGUCGUUCGUGUUGGUUGGAUUGCAGAAAUGACAAGACGAUGGGGCGUUGUCGGGUGUCGCGGUGCCUGGGUCGUUAUCUAGAUUAGAAGGGUCGCAUUAACAACAUUUAAUGGGGAAAUCAACGCUCAAUCGUGAGCUACUCACUACUGUUCGCAUGGUUGUGCGCGUCGGUGGCGGAGUGAGCUUGUUAUUGAAAAGAAAAUCUAAAUUGAACAUUUACAAUGCUGAUUACGUGCUAUGUGCUCUUACCGCUUUCCUAGUGGUUGUACGAACAGUGGUGCGAGUAGUUGUUCGUUGCUGUUGUCCGAAAGAUUCCUUAGGUGAAGACGAAGAAAAAACAUUAACAAUUGCAAGGCCCCACCUUAACAGUGGUUAGACAAUGUUACAUCUGCAAAUAGCACAAUUACGAGUAGUAGUAAAGUAAGCGCAAACUUCAUUUUCGUCUGUUUUUGAACUGAUCUAUCGACAGAGUGUCGAAAAUAGAACGGCGUAAAAUUGAAGAGACCCAGACCUAAUUUGCCUAAUUAUGAGGGUAAUUGGGAAGUGGUACCUAUAUACAUAGGUGAUUUAUUAUCACUCAAGAUGUGAUUUACUCAAGUUUAAUGUGGUUAUAAAUUAGGCUUUCGAAUUCAUGUUUUAUUAUUGUUACGAUGAUUACUAUUGGUGCUAUGAAUGAAAAUGGUUGAAAAUAAAUUCAUGUUUAAUUUGUCCGAAUCAUUUCGUAUUUCAAAGUUAUGACGGAGCAGAGCAGUUUGUACAGGUUGCGUUAACAUUGAAUAUGAACAUUGGAUAUGAAAUCAGUAGUAAAUAGCUGGAUGGAAUUUUGUUGGUGUUUUGUUGGUACUGUUGUGUGAUUCAACUAUUUUUAAGCAAUGUGAGUCGAAAUCUGUUUAGUACGAUAAAUUAACGUGCAAGCGAAGCAAUUCCUUCAUAUUUCUUGAAUGACUAGUUCCACCCCAUCUCACGAAUGUUUAUACAACAUUUAUGAACUCGCACACAAAUACACAAAAUAUGUGGUUCGCUCGGAGUGGGGUAAUUCGCCAACUCGUAUGUAACCUCAGCAUUUGAAAAUAUAGUGCACACAAAAUGGGUCGCAGGCUCUCUAAACUUAAAAGCACCCUUACCUUGAUUUUUUUUUUCAGGGAUAGUGUUGACAACGGGCUGACUUUAGACACUUUAGGCCAUUUAUUUUUAAAUUCAAGUGGAUUUUGAAUCAUUUCUAGAUUUGUCCGAAAUAUUAUAUAUAUGACGAAAAUCCUGAACUCAUAACAUAACUAGUAAUUAGCUCAUAGCAUAAUUAAUUUCCUGCCAGUCUAAGAUGGGUCAGAUAUAGUGACAAGACUACCGACGAAAACAAUGUGGGACUUUCGCGAACCCUCAACAGGAGCAAAAGUCCCUAUCGGUGGCAUUUGUUCUCGAGGAAUAGUACAUUUACGGUUCUAGAUGCGGUAACUCAUUUUAUCGUAUUCUCAGAUCACUUUCCGCUUUCUUGAAAUGCAACGUUUCAAUGAGUUGUAGGAUUCAAGUCCAUGGAGCUGACGUUUGACGUUAGUGAGCACUGUCCCAUACAGCUUUGGUGCAAUCUCAGAUAAAAAAUUCAAAAUUUUUUUUUUAUUAUUUCACAUUUGUAGCAUGGAUGAGGAAUUAUCGAAAGUAAUUUAUUUGUAACUAGCUGACCCGACGAACUUCGUCCCGCGCAAAAUAGAUUUUUUGAUUUGAAUACUUUCAAACAUCCACGUUUUCUUACUAAGUGAACGUUAGUGAGUCCAAUCACUGAACUCUUCCUUGAUUGAUUAUCCUUUGACCCUUUACAAUUUCCUUUUACUAUAAAUUGUCUAAUACUUCUACAAAAAUUCGUCCUUAUAAUAUAAAAUUAUUUUCAGACACAAUUUUCGUUCAAGAUUCUUCAAAAAUUUGGAAAUAACAUGUUUUCCGUUGCAUGGAAUACAUGUUUGAUACAGAGAAUAUUACAAAAUAAAGACAGCUCAAAUCGGACCAUUCCUUCCUCGGGUUUAGGGCACACCAACACAUUUGACCUUCCAUUUUUGUUUAUAUAGAUAGAAGAUAUAGGAAUGCGUUAUUCCGUCUGAAAAUCCUUUUCCACUUUCGAACAAAAAUCAAUUUCGUUAGCGCCAACAUCAAAUGGACUAACAACGCUUAGCUAAUUGUAUAACAUAUGGGAAUUCAAUUUUCGGAUUUUUGUCUCCGUUAUACUGAUCUACGGGACGAGACGGAUACAACGAAAUAUAGAUGACUCAGAUUGAACCAUUCCUUCCUCGGAUUUUGCGCUUACCAACACAUUUGGCCUUCCAUUUUUAUUUAUAGAUAUUAGAUAUGGAAAUGCGUUAUUUCGCCUGAACAUCCAUUUCCACUUACGAGCAAAGAUCAAUUUCGAUAGCGCAAAUAUCAAAUGGACUAACAACGCUUAUUAUGAUGUAUUUUCCGAUUUUUCUCUCCACUAUAUUGAUCUACGGGGAGAGACGAAUACAACAAAAUACAGAAGGCUAAAAUCGGACCAUCCCUUCUUCGGGUUUUCCGCUUACCAACAGAUUUUGCCUCACAUUUUUAUUUAUAUAGUUUUCCAUAUUAUCCCAAAUAUCCUUAUUUUCGUUUUUGUUUGGGUGUCCGCGAAGAACGUAAACUGACGGGUACACUUGACUACAUCACACAACCCGUACGCAACACAACACACACUACCAAAAAAAAGGAGUAAUGACUACCGUGUUCAAACCUUUCCUCUGAACCCGCCGUCAUUCAAACACUUUUUUGCAUCUUCAAGUGCGACAAGGCAGAUGCAGUCAGCUAUAUAUGAAGCGAUCACUACUACUAAUGCGCCGUCUUGCGUUGACAUUACAUUCGAGGUUCAAAGUUUUCUGCUGAACAAAGGUUAUGGAAACUAUAGAUAACACACACACCAUUGGUCACUUGGUCACGUAUCGCCUCUGCGGUCGAAUGAGGGACUCCAAGUGCUCCCACUGUGCGACAUAGAGGAAUUUUCAAUGAAAGAAGGUUUUAGCAUGUAUAUAAAAUUAAAGCUGAUCUUUGGAACAACAACAACGAGCAGAUCAAUUGAAUGUGACUCAAGAAGCCAUCUUCAUACGUUUGAAGGCCAUGGGAAAAACAUUCAGAAUAUCGGGAAAUGGGUUCAACGUAACACGAACGAAAGACAGCAGAAAAACCGAAAAAUCACCCAGGAGUAUCACCAACAUCGGUUGCAUGACCAGAUCGUUAUCAAGGAUGGAAAACAAGGGAGCAUGAUGCGAUUUACGAUUAAUCGCAAACUGCUCAGAUCGCAAUCUGUGCAAACUGCGACUAACUAUUAAUCCUCUCCCAUCAUAACCAAAUGAUUUUCUCUUGGUAACUCUGAGUUGACCAAAGCAUUGCUAGACUGAAACUAGUUAUAAUUGAGUUACUCUCCUUCUCCGUUUUGUUUACAACUCCUAACAAGAAUUUGCUCCAUGGGAAUGAGUAUCUCUAUGACGUACGCUUUACGAUUCUCGCUCUCUCGUUCGGGCGUUCAAUUUUCCCCUCCGAGCGCGUUUACUUCGAUGAAACUGUGUGAGGAAAAAAUGCGCUACAGCAGAUAGGACGACAUUAAUGUUUAAUGUUCCACAGAGGAUUUCUCAGAUGGUGUUUAAAUUCAUCUACAAUAGACUACAAACAAUCAUCCCCCUCAAAUCACUAAUUUUAUGAGUUAAUGUAAAUGCGUUAUUGGCCAAGGCUAUUACGAUAUCGAACACGUGGUCUUGCGAGAUAUAUUUUUCCGCCAGCCCAAAUACAGAACACUCCUUUCGGGCCCGAGUAAACUUGUGGCUAGAAAAGACCUUAAUUACCUUGAAUUAAUCAAAAACAUAAAUUAGAGCAAAUAUGUCAACAUGUGUUUUUUGUGUAAGCACGUAAAUAUUUACUCAUAAAAUUUUAAAAUUUUGGAACUCUACAUAAUUUGUAUGCAGAUAGACUAUCCACAGUUUGUGGGGGGAAUACUCAUACAACUCAAAUGGGUAAUGAUUAUCUGCUAUCACAAAGCUGAGAAUUUUUUUGACGUUUUGUUUUACUACUGAUUCAUUAAAAAAAACUUAAGCUUUAUUUUAAAAUGUUUUCUUAUCCAGAGACUGGCUCACCAUAUUGCACUGCUACUAAAACCGUAGGCUAACCUCAAGGAUGUUUUUUUAAUCAAUUUUCGGCGAAUAAUCAAUAGAGUGCCGUGUUAUGAAACAUCAAAACAAUAGCAAAAACAACAUCACGAUCAUAAGGUGUUGGUUCGGUUAUUCCAGACGACAUUGGAUAAAGGAUAAAUUUAUCUUGGGAACAUUAAAUUGAUGUUCAUGACUUCCAGUCGGACGUUUAUCCGCUCUGAUAAUAAUUGUGUGGUCCUCACAAAGCAUAUAUUCCAAUGCCGUCAGUUCACUUAAAUUCUUCGCAUACCGUUUGAUGAUUAAGUAGGAUGUUGAUAAUCAUUUUCUGCGAUACCAAUUGUUCCAACAGUAUUCAUUCGACAAUAUGGAGAUUGAAUACCUGAAAUUAACCAGAUUCAACCAAACAAAUCUGCGGACAAAGCAGUAUGUACACUGAAGAGAUGCAACAAGUUUGAAGGGAUAUGAAAAAAAAAACAUUGGUCGUUCAAUAAAUCUACUGCCACAUAUGUCAGAAGCCCACGAUAUAUGAAUAACAUAUGUCCAUACUAAUUCAUUACAUUUAUUUGCAACGAAAAACGUAACCACACAGAAUUGAAUUAAUCAAAUAUGUGAUCCGUUUUAUCUACAAAUCAAAAAAGAUAUUAAAUUCCAUUAAAUUCGAAAAGUGUUUCGUGAAAUCACUAAUUGAAUUAUUAUUAGAAAAAAUAUUUGAAGAGAAAUGUGAAUGUUCAGAAUUAUUGGAAUCUAAAAAACGAUUUUGGGCGGGAUGAGAUUCGCCCAAAUCUGCUGGUAAUAAAACUAAUCAAUUGCAUCCAUUACCCGUCUGCUGUUUAUCGGGUGGGGGAGACGACAGCAAAAUAAAAUCGAAACGAGACUGAGUCAGCCACUCACUGCGGUCAGUGCAAUAGAGAAUUAAAAAUCCCUCGACGAGUAUCGUAAGAUCUCAGUUGAUCGUCUCUUGUACACUUUCCGAUCAAGAACUCAUCAUCCGCUCUAUGGGAUGGGAUUAAUCGUUUGUGGCUUGCACUCACGUGUAGCCUUGAGUAGUAGAAGUAAUGCUUCGUGAGUGCAUACAGUGGGGACUCCUCUUUCAUAUUGCUUUUUUGAGAUCUUGGUAGCUCACCGUUCCAAGUAUUCCAAGUAUAUGAAGGAUAAAAGAGCAUCGCCUGCCGGGGGUGCUUUAAAAACAUCCGACUAGAGGGAUAUACUUAUUCAUUGAUCGUUGAAUGUGAUUUUUUACCAUCACUGAUCGUUAUGGAUGCAGCACUUCAAUUGUUACGAAAAUAAGAGAAAAUGGCUUGAAAUUAUUCCGUUACCCUCCAUCAAAGUUUGGACUCUCUGUUGGUCAACCUCAGCGGCCAUUUUAUUACACGAUCUAUUUAUGACUGCCACAUCCCGAGUCACUUUGACACCUUUCUUCAAUUUCCGGUUGACAAUUCCUCAACAUUUUUCGAUUGGGUGCAAUUGAAGGUAAUGGAGCUUCUAACUGUUUUUGGUUCUUCAGGCUGCACUUCACAAUGGCCCAAUAUUUCUCGAUUGGGUUGAGCUCUGGUGUGUUUGGAGGAUUCCACCACUCCAUGGUCAGUGUCUCGCUAUGACAGGAUGUCAGAUCCGGUAAAUAGCACGGUGUAGUUUCGGAAAAGGCAGCAGACGUUUUCUAGACACUCGUUCACGUAAUGUUCCCGGUUGCAAUGAGAGUGUCGAUUUUCAAGCCAAAGGUACAGAAUGCCUACCGAGCCAGAUAUUUCUAAGCGAACUUCGACAAUUUGCACACGUUUGAAAAUGUUACCAUCUUUCCGCUUGCGGUUGCCGUGUUGAAGGCAUUGUUUCGGACUCGCACAUACCCAUAAAAUGAGGGAUAUUCAGUUUCUUAAAGGCAGGAUGGGAAGAAAAGCCGUCGUAUAUAAAUGUAAAAGGAUUAUUGUCUUUCGGAUGCCGACCAAUUUCUUAUUUAUGUUCGACAAACGGAAAUGGAAAUGGAAUAGAAAUGAAAUGAAAAUGAAAUGAGAACCGAAAUGAGAACCGAAAUGUGAACCGAAAUGUGAACCGAAAUGAGAACCAAAAUGAGAACCGAAAUGAGAACCGUAAUGAGAACCGAAAUGAGAACCGAAAUGAGAACCGAAAUGAAAACCGAAAUGAGAACCGAAAGAGAAUCGAAUUAUUGUUACAUGUACAAUAUUGUUGUUUCUUUUUUUCAACCAAUUCAAAGUAUCAUCCGACGUACAGUUGAUAUGUUUUAAGAACUUUGAGAAAGAGAGAAACUGUUUAAUUUGGGGAAAGAUACUCCCAAAUGACUUCGGUAUUAAUAGCGGAUUAGCAACGGAUGUUCAUUUCGAAAAUAUGACUAGAUAACUGUUUCAAAAUAGAAAUGUUAAAGAAAACUUCAAUAUAAGUAGGAAUAUAAGAAAUAGAACAGUUGCGUAGUGAAAUUUUGACUGAAAUUGCUGCAUGACAUGAUCAUAAUCACUAUUUAUGAAGAACAUUUAGAACAUAACAAAACUAACAUAGCCAAAUCGAACAUCACUCGGUAGUACUCGAAUAAUUUAGCAACAAUUACUUCCAUAUAUAUAUAGUUUAUUUCUGAGGGCUUUGGCUAGUAAUGUACGUAUUACAAAAACGUGUAUGUAAACGUAUUACUCAAACGUGUAUCGUUCAUUGAGAAAAGCAAGAAAAAAACAGGUCUCCUUUAUAGCUUCGCUAGAUAAAACUGUAUGUGUUCCUCCUUCACUAACCCGUUAAUGUUUCCGGCUUUCCUCGGCAAACUGUUUUCUUCCG